AGAGUCUGGAGCCAACGCUGGGAGGGUCAGAGCACAUCCGGUGUUAGAAGAGCUCGUAGGCUCCUGCGAGGCGGGUGGAGAAGAGCCGAGGCUGUGUCCCACAGACUCUGGAACCAUGAACGUGUUUGAUCGGAAGAUAAACUUUGACGCGCUCUUAAAAUUUUCCCACAUAACCCCCUCGACGCAGCAGCACCUGAAGAAGGUCUAUGCCAGCUUCGCCCUCUGUAUGUUUGUGGCGGCUGCAGGGGCCUACGUGCAUGUGGUCACACACUUCAUCCAGGCUGGCCUGCUGUCUGCUCUGGGCUCCCUGGGGUUGAUGAUGUGGCUGAUGGCAACACCUCAUAGUCAUGAAACUGAGCAGAAGAGACUGGGGCUUCUUGCCGGAUUCGCUUUCCUUACAGGAGUUGGCCUGGGACCUGCCCUGGAAUUGUGCAUUGCCAUCAACCCCAGCAUCCUUCCCACGGCCUUCCUGGGCACAGCCAUGAUCUUCACCUGCUUCACCCUGAGCGCACUCUACGCCAGGCGCCGUACCUACCUCUUCCUGGGAGGUAUCUUGAUGUCGGCCAUGAGCCUGAUGCUCUUGUCUUCCUUGGGUAACCUUUUCUUUGGAUCCAUUUGGCUUUUCCAGGCAAACCUGUACAUGGGGCUGCUGGUCAUGUGCGGCUUUGUCCUUUUUGAUACUCAACUCAUCAUUGAGAAGGCUGAGAAUGGAGAUAAGGAUUACAUCUGGCACUGCGUGGACCUCUUCCUGGAUUUCAUCACUCUCUUCAGGAAACUCAUGAUGAUCCUGGCUAUGAAUGAGAAGGACAAGAAGAAAGAGAAGAAGUGAGUGACCACGCAGCCUCCCAGCUCGGCUCCCUCCGCCCGCCUUCCCUCCUUGCACACAUACAGGUGGCGUGCUCUGUGAUAAUGAAAAGCAUCAGAAAAGCUUUUGUACUUGUGGUUUUCUCUAUUUUGAAUUUUUUGAUCAACAAACUGAUUAGCAGAAUAUAGUUUGGAGUUUGGCUUCGUAUUCCUGGGGUUAUUCUUCACUCCCUUCCGUCAGCCCCGCCCUUAGCCUCUUUCUCCACUCAGCGACUGGGCCACCCAUGAGAAGAGAGGGAGCCAGCUCCGGGAGCCCGCCUGCCACCCGCUGCGCCUCACCACGUGCGCCUGAACUCCUGGGCGGAGCCAGCUCCCCCCCUCCGCUGGCUGGUGGAUUGUUUGAUUUGCUCACUGUUCCCAGGGACUGGGCAAUGUGUUUUUUAUUGGAAAGAAGUUCACCCCAUUGUUCACUGAGGCUCUUAACAUCUGAGGCAUCAGCCCCUACAGAGAAUCAAGACCACCUCCGGGUGGGUGUUGGUUGCUUCUGGGCUGCCCAGGCUGGUCUGGCAAGCACUUCCUGCCUUGCAGUCCCUGCAGGAGCCUGCCUUUCUGUGGCCCUCGCCGGACCUGGAGGGCACAUGCCGGCUCUGCACCCCUGGGGCUGGUGGAUUUCAGCACAAAGUGGAGACAUUCACGGAGAGGCAGAGGAUAGCUUCCAGUUUGAUUAAGCAUUGGUCGUUGCCUCUGUCGGGUGGCUGUGAUUAGCUGUGGCAAGAGAGGGAGGCUAGGGAAGGGGAGCGGGUGACCUCUGGUGGGAAUUGUAACUAAGUGUGCGGGACGUGUAGAUAAGGACUUCUGGGGCAGGGCGGACAGAAUCCGCGAACAGCAUUCCUGACAGUUUGUCCCCAGCUAGAUGCUAGAAGACAGAGUGAUGUCCAUUUUCCAGAUGCACUUUAGGUCUUGACCCGGUCGCCUGUUUCCAGAAGUGGCCAGCCCUCUAGGCAGGAACCAGGUGGCCAGGCCUAGGAGAGCCCAGUCCCACCGGUGGCCCUGGUGGGGAUCAUGGGGAUCACCUGCCUGUCUCCUGUGUGCCGCGGCUGCUCACAGAGCCUCAGUGUCGGGACCACACUGCGUGCUGAGGCCGUGGCAGUAGACGCCAUUCAGGGCUCUCCCAUGCGCUGCAUGGACGCCGCAGCUGCUGGCUCCCUGUGUCCCCUGCGAGUGCUGUCCCAUGAAACUUUAUUCCUGGGCUGUCUGUUCCUGGAGGGCCGUGUUCCCCAGAAAGUUCGCUCUCACCGAGGUGCCGCCCUCCCAUCCAGCUGCCGCCUUAGCCCUGGCUCGAGACCUUCCUGAAGGGACUUCCUUCCUACCAGGCCCCAUUAGCAACUCAGAAAAUCCGGGGUUCUUGGCCAGGCUGAGAAUCCGAGUUCUAUCUCCUGAAGCCAAACUCCACCUCUUGUGCUUUUUUGCUUGGGAUAAAGAAAUUUUCUUUAGAAACAGUGCCAAGAAUGAUGAGAUAUUUAAAAAAAAAAAAAAAACUACUUUUAAAGAAAACGCCUAACAGGUUUUUAAUACAGUUACCACUGUAAUUACCACUUUGUUUUCUAGUUCUUGGUUUUCAGCUCAGGCUGCAUUCUCUUAACUCAUACUGUGAAGACAGAGGUGUUUGAUUCAGAAGUAUAUGGAAUCGACAUAGUCUUAAUUUGUAAAAAAUAAAGGAAAUUCCUAACCUUU